GAGCGGUGACAUACGCUGGCUACCCCGGGUCUCUUUCGACGCGUGGCGGCGGCGGCGGUACUGCGUCGUCGGCGCAUUCCCAAUCCCGCAUCCUCCUCCUCCCAAGCUUAUUUCUCUCAACUGGAUUGCUUCCGCCGCCGAUGUUAUCAUUCACUCAGCGCGAAGGAGCAAGAGGAUGUGUUUCUGGAGGCUGCCGAAGCGCCUUGGCCCGUAUCGGGCCCGUCAAGCCGGACAGCUGAUCUCGAUGCCGGGGUCGAGGAUGGGGAACUGCUGCAUUCGGGCUCUGACGAUCCGCGGUAUCCUUCGCUUAGGCUGGACGAGUGGGAAGCCGCGUUCAAGCAUAGUGCUGCGACAUCCAGAACAACCUUCUCAUCUCCGUCUUCGUAUCUCAGGCGGAAGACUGCUGCUGCAGCUGCUGUCUCUGGUGCUGGGGUCGAGGACAGUGAAUGGUUACAACCCCGCGGAAAUGGGUUCUCCGAGAGCAUGGACGCAGACGUGGAUGAAGCGAGGCCCCGGUUCGAUUGGAGACUUUCUUCGUCUCAGCUGCGCCGACAACGUGAGGAAGAGAUGAAGAAUAAUGACAAGUCGGGCUCCACUUCUACCAAGCGGACACAUCCUCCAAGUAUCACGGUGGGGCAGGGCGAGCCGUUCUAUGAUGCGAUUCAACUGUAUACAGAACGCUUCACGGAGAUGCUGGUUGCGGAGCAACAAGAAGCUGAGGCUGUUCUGAAGGAACGGCUCUCCACCUGGUCUUUGACGCGCCUGCAAGAGGAGGGCUACUCCAUAACCGGCCUUUCAUCCUUCUGGCUACAGGAGACUCAGUUUGGGCUCCCGGUUGCGUCGUUCUCUCUCGGACCGGGCAUAUCGCUCCCUGAACACCGUUUCGACAAUGGUUCCACUGUGCUCGUAUCGCGACUAGACCCGCUCAAGGAGGGCAACGUGACAGGCUCGGUGAUCUCCAGUUCCAAGUCUCAGAUCCGCGUCACCUUCCGGGAGCGUCUCCUCGACUUCGAAGAUGGGCUCUGGCGGCUCGACGUUGGCAAUUCGAAUAUCGCGCACGAGCGGCAGCUCGAAGCCGUUAGGAACUUGAACCACGAUCCACAGCAGUUGGAAGAGGUGCCCGUCAGUAGUGAUCGCGAGGUCAUUCUGCUGGGCACGCAUCUGCGAGAUGUGUUGCUGGAUACCUUCCAGCCGGGAUCGGAGGACGAGGAGAUGACGUCGAAACCUGUAGCUAAUGCGCCAGGCGUGUUCGCCGACGACCAGCGGAUUCACAGCUGGGCACUGCGCUAUGCGAAGCCUGAUCCGCUUGUGAUGGAAGGCGACCCCCCUCUGACCGGUCUGAACGAGACACAGAUUCGGGCGAUGGCUUUGAUGAUUGGGAAACGUCUCAGUCUCAUCCAGGGUCCUCCGGGAACAGGCAAGACGAAAACGAUCAUCGAAACGAUUAAGCUGCUCAAAGUCCACUUUGAUGUUCCGCACCCGUUGCUGGUGUGCACCUACACGAACGUUGCAGUUGACAAUCUUGUCGAGGGGUUCGCAGCAGCGAACAUGCGUCCGCUCCGAGUGGGAUCCGCCGGCCGAGUGAAAGAGUCGCUCAAACAAUAUACCCUCCACCAGAAACUUGCCGAACAUCCCCUGCAGCAAGUGCUCGAGCCGCUCCAAGUGGAGAAGGAGAAACUAGAAAAGCAGCUGGAUGAGCUGGACACCAAGAUAGACGAGGCCGAAAAGAAGACGAAGACGGCGAACAACAAGGCAGCGGAACGACUGCUGGCGAUCCGCUUGAACAUGGAUCGGGAGAAAACUCGGAAGCAGAGGCAGCAUCGAUCGCUCAAGGGGCGCGUCUAUGCACUGCAGAUGAAAAUGCUGAAGCACAUCAUCAUGGAAGCCGAUGUGAUAUGUACAACCUGCAUCACCUCGGCCUGUCAGGCUCUGCAGCUGGUGGAUUUCCCGGUGGUAUUCUUGGACGAAGCGUCGAUGUCGACAGAACCUGCGACGCUUGUGCCCAUCAUGAAGGGUUCCCGCCACCUAUCUCUCAUCGGAGACCAUAAACAACUUCCUCCGGUCAUCUCAAGCCUAGAAGCCAAGGCCCUGGGCCUGGGGCGUAGUUUAUUCGAACGGCUGACGGACGAAGGAGAGGUGCCUUCGAUCAUGCUGGACACACAAUACCGAAUGCAUCCUGCGAUCUCAUCCUUCCCGUCGUCCGAGUUCUACAACUUCCGUUUACGGGACGGGACGGUCGACCCGACGGGUACCGUCGCCGCGAGGUUGACACCGCCCAAUUCAGUGCAUCUGCCCGUCAACGAACGAGGGGACCGCCCUGCAGUCAUCUUCUUGGACCAUGUUGGGGGCGAGGCGAUGAAGGAUCGGAGCAGGGUCAAUCUGCCCGAGGCUGCGAUUGUGAUUAGCGUGAUUGAAGAUCUGCUGUUGAACAACCCGACCCUCAACGGUAACGACAUCGGUGUCAUUGCCCCCUACGUGGCGCAGAUAUCCCGGAUCAACCGCAUGCUGAACACCGAUGCGAAGUACGCCGACCGGUUCCAACAAGUCCUGGGCUCCCAUCGCGCGAUGCAGAUGCGCCACAUCGAGGUUAAGACGGUGGACGGAUUCGAGGGCCGCGAGAAAGAGGUCAUCAUCUUCUCCACAGUGCGCAACAACUCGGGCGGCCAUAUCGGCUUUCUGGCGGACAAGAGACGGCUGAACGUCGGGCUGACGCGCGCCAAACGCGGGUUGUUCGUCAUUGGGAGCAUCAAGACGCUGGGGGACGGCCUCAGGGCUGACACGAAGGUGGCGGCGACAGCAGCAACACCAGUUCCAGCUCCAGCAGCACCGGCCCCGGUUGAUAUCGCCCAGAUCAGCGAUUCGGCGCAGAUCCAGGUCGUCCCUCCCCGCAAACGCAAGUCGCGUGGGUCGUGGAAACGAUACACAGACUGGCUGCUGGACCAGGGCCUGGUCAUCACUCUGGGAGGCGAAGCGCUCUCGAAGGUGCUCUAUGGGAAUGUUCCCAAGCGGAAGGUGCCGCUGUCGGCGAAGGUGUAACUUAUGAAUACUAGAAUAUCUUGAUUAUAGUUGUAUGGUCGCUCACUAUUAGGUCUCUGUGUAAACUACUGUAGCUCUUUGGCUUAUCUUGUGCCCUCGCUCCCAUGUCACGCUUGAUCUCACAGCGAGCUAUUGCCCCGCUUACGAUUAUUGCUGAUCUGCGCGGGGAGGGUGGGGAAGUCUUCAGUCUGAGAUCGGAGAGGAUACGCUAGUAGGACUUUUCAUCUGGGAGCAAAGGCGAGUCCAAGCAUGAGACGAUCUCAUCACGAUCAUUGACAGAGAUCUCCCACGGUCGCGACUUGCAAGUCACUUCGCGCCUACUCACGCGCAAAGUCACUAUUCAUGGUCCGCUUCAAGAACCGCUGGCUGCUCGUGGAGCUACUCCCCGUCCCUGCAACUGGGGCAGCUCCGAACAACAACCUCGACAGCCACAAGAUCUGGGCCGCAGUGAAGCAGAGUGUCAUAACCAACUUCGGCGAUGUCGGAUGGGGAUCCAUUGGUCUUUCUAUGAACGUGAAAUACUACUCCCCGACGACGAACAUGUGCAUCAUUCGUGUCGCGCGCGACCACCACCAGAUCGCGUGGGGAGCGGUGACUCUGCUGACCAGCAUCGAGGGCGUACGCUACAUCCCGAACGUCAUCCAUCUCUCUGGGACCAUGAAACACACACAGCUGGCGGCGAUCGCGCAUGACCGGGAAGUCGUGGCUCGUCUGCGCGCUCAGGCGAAGACUCCGAGCGGAUAUAACGACUCGUACGAAGCGUACUUGGAAAAGAGCGAAGCCGAAAUCGAAGCUCUCCAAGACUGAGCCGCAUUUGGGAUCCAAUAGGGUCUGUCGAAUCUGCCGCCCAUAGACGGCUCGAGCCCCAAUGAAGGUGGCGGCUGCCACGGACAGCGACCCGCGUCCUUGAUAUGCGAUGAUCCUCAGUGCGAGGGCCCGAUCUAUUCCCACAAGGAAUAUAUACACUGUGUAGGCAGCAGACAUACAUACAUCCAAAUAGAUUAUCUACGUAGAAUACAUAAGAUCAGUACACCUUGUUAGUAGUAAUUUGUGUUUCAAGAGACGGGCUCCACCUGAGGAUGGACAGCCCCACCGGUGUGGCUGUCGUCCGCAACUUCUGGGACGCCUUCUUCGUGACGGCCCUGACGGCCUAAGCCGUCGACCAUCCGUGCCAUCCGCUCCUCCAUUUCCUGCAAUUCGGCAGUCGGAACGCCGAUUCCGGUUCCACCACCCAACGCAGCGUUGCCCAUCCCAAACGCGUAGGGGUUCGCGCUGAGCGGCGCCAUGGGACUGAUGACACCUCCGGGACUGAUCGGCCCCAGACCGCCCAUCCCCAACCCGCUCAAGACGACACUGGGGGACAUCCCACCGCGCGCAAAGGCCAUUUGCGACAGUGCGAUCUGCGCUGCUGCGUUGGGAUCGACGCCCAUCGACGCGACCCGGCGCUCGAUCUCUGCGGCAAGAAACAUUCGCUGAGCAUGAGCGAUUUCCUGCGGAGACAUUUGCCGUUGCCGAUAACCGCCUGGCACAUUUGAUUGUCUCGAUCCUCCUCCGCCGCCGCCGCCUUGUCUAUUGUUCCUCGACUUCCCUUUCGACUUUUUCUUCUUCUCUCCCGCAGCUUCUCCGUUCCGUUUCGGAGCACCGGCCUCGUCCUUCUCCCGCUGCUCUCUACGCUCAGCUUUGCGGGCCUCCUUCUGUGCGUGCCUCUCUCGCGCCUCGGCUCUUCCCUUCUCGAGCCGCUCCCGCAUUGUGGCAACACCCGUUUCGCUUUCCCACCAUCUUCCCUCGGCACCGACGACCGCGUGCUCCAGGGCACUCCGGUCGUGCGAAUAGAGACACUUGUCUUUGCCGAACUUGCACAGCCCCAGCAGAUCGUACAGGCAGACGUUUCUCCCCAGCCCAUCGCGGACGCUACGGUCAUCUGGCGCGUGCGAGAACGUGCAUUCGGCUUUACGCGCGCAGCGGCCACGGUUGUAGAAGCGGCAAGGGAUCCCAGAAGCCGUGUGAUGGGCAUCCGAGGUGUCGGAGGUGAUAGAUGAAGAUGGGGAUACUGAACGUGGUGCCGCAUCUGGUGUUGGAGCGCCUGGAUCGGAGGAGACAGGUUCUUCGGUUGCCUCCUUGGACGCUUCUGCAUCUGGAGCAGGUGCGCUGGCCUGCGUUUCCGCCAACGCAGUCUUAGCAGCCGUGUUCUCGGGCGUCAUGGACAGAACGGUUUCGAAGUCUAGGCACAUGAGCCAUGCAGCAGAGAACGAGUGGAAGGGAAUAUGCGCACCGACGAUCGCGCCUGCGGUAUCGCCAUGACCCUUGCGGGACAUACCACGCACAUAUCGCGCCUCGACGAGCUUGGGAUCCAGCGCCAGCGCCUUCGCCGCAACAGCCUCCGCCUCCACGAAUCUGUCGUCACGAUAAGCAUCUCCGCCCCGAGCCGCCCAGGCAUUGCCUAGUAGUAGAAGGAUCGGACACACCUCCCGGCGUACAGAUACGCGGUAGCCAAAUCACAGUGCACCACCGGAUUUUCCCUCCACAGCCGACACGCAUCGGCGAAACACGUCGCAGCGCCGUUGUAGUUCUUGAGCUUCAUCAACGUGACACCCUAGCGCUCGUUAGCCGCCUCGUGUGACGAGAUGCGUCGGAUGGAACGCACAAAGGUCUGCCUCUCGCUCGCGCGCACGCGCUUCUGCUCGACGAUCGCCGCGCGCUUCUCCGCGCGCGCCUCGAGCUGCUCGGCGAGCGUAGGCAUGGCUGUGUCCGAUGUCAAGACGACAAUGACGGGAUCAUUGGGGUCGGCAGCGUCUGGCUCUGCCGGGGAUGGGGCCGCGGGUGGGGGCGCCGGGGCGGGGGCGGAAGCGUCCGACAUGGAGAGAUAGUUGGAGGCGGGUCGAAUACGAAGUCCCGCACUGUGGUGGUCAAGAAAGAGGCCUGUGCUGUGGGUGGCGAUGUCACCUGAUCGAGACCUUGUGUUUCGAUCAGUGAUUGGCGAUGGCCCGUCGAUCGCGUUAACAAAGUCACGCUCAGUAGAGCGCGCGGCCGCAGUCGAGCGAGACCUUGACUGGGUACAGCAUGUUCCGGCUGCUCGUGACACUCGUCGCCUUCAUCUCUGCAUUUCGAUCUGCGGAAGCAUCUCGCCAGCCCCGCAACCCAGCCGAACAAACCCUUGCCGAUCUUGGAGACGGACCGUUCCGCGUUUUGACCAACGAUGCGUUCCCUGACUAUCGGGUCCGAGUGAAGCAGAUUCCGAAAUCGGCGGGGUUUUGCGACUCGACUGUCGGUCAAUAUGCUGGUUACAUAGAUAUCCGGGCUCGCCACUUCUUCUUCUACUAUUUUGAAAGCAGGAAUGACCCAGCCACUGACGACGUUGUCAUGUGGCUGAAUGGCGGGCCGGGUGCUUCUGCCUCGGUCGGGCUCUUUUCCGAGCUGGGGCCCUGCAAUGUGAUCUCGGACAACACCACCGAAUUCAAUCCGCAUUCCUGGAAUUCGAAGGCCAAUUUGAUCUUCCUUGACCAGCCUAUCGGGGUUGGAUUCUCGUAUGCAGAUUUCGGAGAGGCUGUGCGAACCACCGAAGAAGCGGCUGUAGACAUCGCGCGCUUUCUGGCGAUAUUCUUUGAGUCCAUGCCCGGCCUGAAAAAUCGGGCGCUACAUAUCGCUGGCGAGUCUUAUGCGGGUCGGUAUAUCCCAUUAUUUGCUGCUCAAGUGUUCGAUCAAAAUGAGCUGCUGAUCAAAGAGGGCAUUGCUCCAGUCAACCUGAGUUCCAUCGCCGUCGGCAACGGGGUGCUUGAAUCGAUCCACUCGAUCACAUCGCAGUACGACAUCCAAUGCAAGCCCGUUGUUGGGCUCCCUUUGCAAUCCAUAAGGGUUUGCACGGAGAUGAAACAGGCGCUCCCCCGAUGCGAGAUGCGGCUGAGACGGGCCUGCAUCGAGACCUUUGAUCUCAUCGAAUGUCAAGCAGCGCGAGGAUUCUGCCACACGGCGAUAGCUGAGCCAUUUGCAUUGACCGGUAAAAGCCCUUACGACAUGCGGACGGUGUGCAUCGGGGAUGUCCGAGACACUCUGUGCUAUCCCAUCACACAGAACAUCACUCACUUUCUCAAUCUGCCCCGAACGCGAGACCUGCUGUCCAUCGAUCGGUCGUUUGGCGAGUUUGCCAUGGUCGACUGGACGCUGAACACCGCCUUCGGUCUCAGCGGGGAUGUCUAUCGACCUAGCGCGCCGUACAUAGAAGCCCUGCUGGAGCGGAAUAUCCGGGUCCUGCUAUACGCCGGCAUCCACGAUUUCUCGUGCAACUUCAUCGGCAUGGACCGAGUCUCGCGUGGGCUCGAAUGGCACGGCCAGCGGCAGUUCACAUCGCAGCCGCUGCGACCCUGGUUUGUCGAACAUAAUGUAGCAGGCCAGAUCAGAUCAUCUGGGCUUCUCACUUUUGCGACGGUGGAGAAUGCCGGACAUCAGGUGCCGCACGACGAACCUGUCAACUCGCUGGCGAUGAUCAAUCGUUGGCUGAAAAAUACACUCUAAUCACAUAAACGUGUAGAUUAAGUCCUUCAAAACAUGCGUCGAAAGUCCGAUUCAUUCGCUCGGAUCAGACAUAUGCGCAGAUUCAGAAUAUUCCUGGAAACCCCUAUUUGCCAAAAUCCGUCAGCAAAAGUCAGCCGAGCGUAUAGUACAUGGGUAGCGUUGAUGAAAUCUCUGCCUCGUGCCGCUCGACCCGGCAUUAGCCGAUUGGAGUGCGCCGCAGACGAUGGAGGGGUUCGACAGACUGUCUCUACCCUGGAGCGACGCCGGUGCAGCUAGCCAGCGGAAAGCGACGCGUUAAUCCGAGCUACGAAACCUAGUAUGCCAAACAACAGGUGUGGAAUACAAGGCUACGUAGCGCGGAGGAGCAGUCGCUGGCCAGACUCGACAUCGCAACCUGAGGGCCACAAGUUUUCAGCCAAGCGCUCUUAUAGUCCUCGCCGCGCCCAAUCUGGCUGUGCCAACCCACAACUGCAGAGUCCGUAUCAGAAUCCCAUAAAUAGCCUGAAUCUAGGGUCCAAACCCAGCCGAUCGCAGACACAAACGGGGGCGGAUGUGCCCACAAACGCGACGGAAAUCUGAUGGGGAUGGUGAUCGGCGAUUGACCCUCCCGCUCGGCUAAUCCGAGGGACAGAUCUGCUGUGCUGGAGGGAGAUAGUAGCUGGGGGGGACCAGAGCAAGCGCGGGCCCGCGACGUCGAGACGUGACAUCUCCAUGCUCCCCCCGGACGUUCUUGCGCGCGGAUGUCGCCAUGUGUCAUCCGAUGGAAACGACGAUGCACACCCCCACCCAGCGCGAACCAUGGGCCAAGAAGGAGCCCCGUUUUCAACAUCUGACACGAAGAAGAUCUUAUCAAAAUGCCACUGAUGUCUUCAUCGAGCACUCAUCGUCCAGUCGUGCUUUAGAACUUUGUCACAUCGAGUGGGGAGACAGGAAGACUUGGCACAUGUGGAGACCCUCCCGACGCUCAGAUGCGCGCAGUAGUCCUUUCCAGCGCUUCGGCCAGGGCAGGGUGAGUUGCUUACGCAAGCGUCCUAGAGAAUUGUAAACACGUAUAUCACGUGAUCGUGUGCGAUGUAAGUGAGAGUCCAGACAGGCAAUGUUUAUUGGCUUAGCGUUCCGGUCAGUCACA